AUGGCCCGGGCCCUGGAGGGGCCGGGAAACCCCGACGGGGCGACCGUCACUCCCGGGGGCCGCGGCCGCUCCGCCCCAGCCCCGCCGUCCUCAUCUCCAGCGGCUGCCGCAGGAAGUGAAAGGGAACAAACAGCGCUUGGCCGCCGCCCCGCCGGCCGCCCCCGCCCGCCCCCCGCCGCCGCCUCCCCCCGGGGGGCCUCGCCCCGCUCGGCUCGGCGGGGACCAAGUUUCCCCGGAGCGGGCGGGCGGGCGCGAAGUUGCGGCGCGGGCGCCCCCGCGCACCUCCCCGGCUCCGCUCCGCGUCCCGUCGUCCUCCCUCCCCUCCCCAGCCCCCCACGCCGCCCCGGCUGCUCCCGCCAACCCGCGGCGCUGGACCUCGGCGGCUCCCGGCGGCGCCCGAGCCCGCUGCGACCCCGAGCCGCCGCUCCCCGACCCCCCGCGGGACCCCGGCACGCGCGCGCGGCCAGUGCCUCCGGGCUCUCCGGUCCCCGGACCCGCGGCCACUGUCGCAAACCGGUCGGGCCCGCCCCGAGCGCGUCACGACUCCCGCAGCCAAUCCCGCGGGCAGGGGCGCCGCCUCGGCUGCAGAGCUUGAUUUGCAGAGGUGCUGGUUCUCCUACCCGGCCGCCGGUCUCCGCAGCUGCACGUUGUUGCUCCGGCUCUCGGCGAUCAGCGGCUGCGCGGGGCCUCGAACUGGGCGUCUUAAAAGCCAUCCGCCUGCUCUGACCGCUCCAGGAGUUGGAUUUGGACCCUUUAGAGUACCGGAGGCGUUGGCGAUUUGGUGUGCUUGUUUUAGUCUGUACUACAUGCACAAGUAGAGGUCCUGGUUGACAUAAACAGGAAGAAAUGGUGCUAAGCUAUUUCUUCGGCUGGUCCUGUGAGGGUGCUGUCUAAGCACGUUUGCUGUCACAGGCUAGAGCUUCGCGCCUUGGGCCUCUUUGGAGUCUUGGGGCUUAGAGAGCUGGAUGGAAGUGGACAGGCUGCACAUUUAGGGUCCUUCAUAAACACUGAAAACCAAAUCGCUACGUGGGAUUGUCCCGACACUGUAAUACCUAGAUUCAAGGGAGCUCUGAAAGUGUUAGAAUACAGGAGACGCUCAGUUGACUCAGUUGAAGCGGUAGAAGCCACGCAACGCUUAGAAUCUAGACACGGGUUCCAGGGCCACGCAACAGUUUAGAACAAGGAACGGAAUACGCAAAGAAUUUCCAGCGCUGAGCACACCUAAGUAUUAUAAUUAUAUAUAUAUAUAUUCCCAUCUGCCAAUCAUUAUACUUACUUUACAAAUUAGCUGUUUACUCUGGACUUUUCCUUAACAACAGCAAUACUUCAUAAUCCAGCACCCAAUUCUAUUAAACGGUCCACUGGUCCAACAAAUAACUUCAUCCACUUGUACUCGGCUAUAUUCAACCAAAUAUAUUUGAGGCUUUCACCUGUAAUCCUUCAACGGCUGGAGUUCCAGAUCACUCUACAUAGCAAGACCCUGAUCUCAAAAUCAAUAUAUAAAUAAAUACAUUUAUACUUCGAAAAUCUGCUAUGUGCCUAACAACUAUCCAUCAGAAUAACACAAUAAUUAAGGGCUUGGGCAACGAUCCCAAAAGACAAACUUUGAUGCUUUAAUACCAAAAUUGAAACA